CACCAUCAUCAUCUUUCUCUCUCCUUCCUUUCUCUCUCUAUAUUUCUUGGUUCUUCUUCUUCUUUCUCCAAAAAAUCAUAAAAUUUUCAUGAGAAAAUUUCAUUCUCUGUCACCCCAAAGUAACCACCCCCAGUCCUGAAAUGCAACUCUUCUGACUUCCUUUUUCACAUACUCUGAAACCCCAACUUGCCCCUCUCUCUCUCAGCAUAUACAUACAGCCCUUGUAUCUAUUCCCACAACCCACCUUCUCCCUCGAUUUUUGCGUGCGGGUUCUUGUUCUUGGGUAUAAGUGUAUAGAUAUAUACACAUAUUCUGUAAUCUCUCUCUUUCUCUGUCUCUGUCUCUCUCUCUCUCUACAGUGUUCAUCUCCUUCAUGUGACUUAGCUCUGUCAUGAGAAAAAUAUCUGCAACUACCUAGCUAGAAGUAUAUACAUAUACAUCUGCAUAAAGGACACGGUUAAUAUACAUAUAACUGUUCUUUUGUUUUCUUGUUCCGCCCACAAACACGCAGUGGAGGGUGAGAUGUUGGAUCUGAAUGUUGAUGCCGUUUUCUCAGUCGACUCAACUUCCUGCGACGAUGAAGCCGACCGCCGCAACACGGGCACAGCGGAUUCCGUGGCUUCCACCACCACAUCCACCACCAACAAUGCCGCUUUAGCCGCCGCCGAUGAGGUCGACUGCAACAGCUCCACGGGCAAGAACCCGCUGUCCACUCUCAAUUUCUCAAUCCUCAACAAGAACGUGAUGAUGAUGGACGAUGACGUUAAUAAUGAUGUUGCUAAUAAUACCAGUAGCGAGUUGCAGCUUUUUCCGAUGGGUGCUUCGUCUGCGUCUCCGCCUCCGUCCGCGGUCAAAGCUAAGUACUGGUUGAAUUUAUCCGUCCCGGAGGUUUCAGGUAGCGGGCCGGCGGUAGAAUUGGGAAUUUGCAGGGCGGAGAUGUCUGCGAAUAAUCAGAUGCCGCAGCCUCAGGUUAAGAAGAGCAGGCGUGGCCCCCGCUCCCGGAGUUCGCAGUAUCGAGGGGUUACCUUUUACCGGAGAACUGGAAGAUGGGAAUCCCAUAUCUGGGAUUGUGGUAAACAAGUCUAUUUGGGAGGAUUUGACACAGCUCAUGCUGCUGCUAGGGCAUACGAUCGCGCUGCAAUCAAGUUUCGCGGAAUUGAUGCUGACAUCAAUUUCACUAUCAGUGAUUAUGAUGAGGACAUGAAACAGAUGAAGAACUUGACAAAGGAAGAAUUCGUUCACAUUCUUCGCCGCCAAAGCACUGGGUUCGCUCGAGGAAGCUCAAAGUACAGAGGAGUAACCCUGCACAAAUGCGGUCGUUGGGAAGCACGAAUGGGUCAAUUCCUUGGAAAGAAGUAUAUGUAUCUUGGGUUAUUCGACAGCGAAGUAGAAGCUGCAAGGGCUUAUGACAAAGCAGCCAUCCAGUGCAACGGGAGAGAAGCCGUCACAAACUUUGAGCCUAGUAACUAUGAUAGGGAAAUGAAUCUCAGUUCCAGAGAUGAAGGUAGCAGCAGCAAUCUUGAUCUCAACCUUGGAAUUUCAUUAUCUUCAGAUGGUCCACAACAGAAUGACACCACCACAAAUAUGCACUUUCCUCGUUCGUCUAGCGAAUUGCCUGAUGCAAAGAGAUUGAAGGAAACAGCAGCAACAAGAAUAAGUGGUGAAGCUGUUGCGUUGCCUGGAUUGUCAAACUGGCCUUGGAAAAUGCCAAGCCAUGGUGUCGUCGCCCCUGUGCCACUUUUCUCUUCUUCUGCAGCAUCAUCAGGAUUCUCUUCCGCUACCUCUCCAUACUUGAAUUCAUUCAUGUCAUUGACAUCUGCAGCACAAUUUCCUGCAACCGCUUCCCACAGCCUUCGGUAGAACUAAAACGAUACGGGGAACAGCCUCAUUUUUAGUGUGUUGAAGAUUUUGGCUAGUAAAGGUAAAGCCAUGCACAAAUUAGAGAUUUGUUUCUUGUAAAAGCCAUACAUAUAUAAUACAGAUAAUAAUAGAUUGACCAAGUCGUGUGCAUAGAUUGGUACAAUGCUCUUAGAAUUUUGGAGAGUUCUGCAAUAUUCCCACAUCUGACUUCUACAAGGAAGGAAUUGGAUUGCUCUUCAUAACCUGUUGUCUUCUUUAACUUCUCUACCUUAACUGAUACAAGAUUAUCUCU